UUCAGAACGCCAUUCACUAUCCCUUCUCCCACUCUCACCUAGGGUUUUACUUGCAAAUUUUCCCUCCAAAUAAAAGCAAGAAGAACAGCGCCAAACAGAAGAAAAACCCUAGCUAUGGAGGACGACAGUGAGUACGAUCCGCAACUUAUGGACGACGAAGACGACGAGGAGAUCACGCAGGAAGACGCGUGGGCGGUUAUCUCAGCUUACUUCGAAGAGAAAGGUCUGGUGCGUCAACAGCUCGAUUCGUUCGAUGAAUUUAUCCAAAACACUAUGCAAGAAAUCGUCGACGAAUCGGCCGAUAUUGAAAUCAGGCCAGAGUCACAGCACAAUCCUGGUCACCAGUCCGACUUUGCUGAGACUAUCUAUAAGAUUAGCUUUGGUCAGAUCUACCUUAGUAAACCUAUGAUGACUGAGUCAGAUGGUGAAACUGCAACUUUAUUUCCAAAAGCUGCAAGGUUGAGGAAUCUUACUUACUCAGCUCCGUUGUAUGUCGAUGUAACUAAGAGAGUUAUAAAGAAAGGGCAUGAUGGUGAAGAAGUCACUGAGACUCAGGAUUUUACGAAAGUGUUCAUUGGGAAGGUUCCUAUAAUGCUCCGGUCAAGUUAUUGCACCCUAUAUCAAAAUUCAGAGAAGGAUCUGACCGAGCUUGGGGAGUGUCCAUAUGAUCAAGGAGGGUAUUUCAUUAUCAAUGGGAGUGAAAAGGUUCUAAUUGCUCAGGAGAAGAUGAGCACAAAUCAUGUCUAUGUCUUCAAAAAGAGGCAGCCGAACAAAUAUGCCUAUGUGGCAGAAGUUCGGUCCAUGGCAGAGUCCCAGAAUAGGCCACCAAGUACCAUGUUUGUGCGGAUGCUUUCUCGGACUAGUGCCAAAGGGGGCUCUUCAGGGCAGUACAUUCGUGCUACUCUUCCAUAUAUUCGGACUGAAAUUCCUAUCAUAAUUGUCUUUCGGGCCUUGGGAUUUGUUGCUGACAAGGACAUAUUAGAGCAUAUAUGCUAUGACUUCUCCGACACCCAGAUGAUGGAGUUGCUUAGGCCUUCCUUAGAAGAAGCAUUUGUGAUUCAAAACCAGCAGGUUGCACUAGAUUAUAUUGGUAAAAGAGGAGCAACUGUUGGUGUUACCAGAGAAAAGAGGAUUAAGUAUGCUAAAGAGAUCCUCCAAAAAGAAAUGCUUCCUCACGUAGGUGUUGGAGAUUUUUGCGAGACAAAGAAAGCUUAUUAUUUUGGAUAUAUUAUUCACCGGCUGCUUCUUUGUGCACUUGGCCGGAGGGCGGAAGAUGAUAGAGAUCAUUAUGGCAACAAGAGGUUGGACCUUGCUGGUCCAUUACUUGGAGGCCUCUUUAGAAUGCUUUUUCGGAAGUUAACUAGGGAUGUGAGAUCUUAUGUGCAGAAGUGUGUUGAUAACGGGAAGGAUGUGAACCUGCAAUUUGCUAUCAAAGCAAAAACUAUUACAAGUGGUCUUAAAUACUCACUUGCUACUGGAAAUUGGGGGCAAGCAAAUGCAGCUGGUACUAGAGCUGGAGUGUCACAGGUGUUAAACCGUUUGACAUAUGCCUCAACUUUGUCACACUUGCGAAGGCUCAAUUCUCCUAUAGGACGUGAAGGGAAAUUGGCUAAACCACGUCAGUUGCAUAAUUCACAGUGGGGAAUGAUGUGUCCAGCGGAAACACCAGAAGGACAGGCCUGUGGACUUGUAAAGAAUCUUGCCUUGAUGGUAUACAUAACUGUUGGAUCAGCUGCAUAUCCUAUUCUUGAAUUUUUGGAAGAGUGGGGUACGGAGAAUUUUGAGGAAAUCUCACCUGCAGUUAUUCCUCAAGCUACAAAAAUUUUUGUCAAUGGUUGCUGGGUUGGUGUACAUCGGAAUCCUGAUAUGCUUGUGACAACAUUGAGACGGUUGAGAAGACGGGUUGAUGUCAACACUGAAGUUGGUGUUGUUAGAGAUAUCCGUCUAAAAGAACUUCGAAUAUAUACUGACUAUGGUCGUUGCAGUCGACCAUUGUUCAUUGUGGAGAAACAAAGACUUCUCAUAAAGAAGAAAGAUAUUCAUGCACUGCAACAAAGAGAAAGCCCAGAAGAGGGUGGCUGGCAUGAUCUUGUAGCAAAGGGAUUUAUAGAAUACAUUGACACGGAAGAAGAGGAGACAACAAUGAUUUCCAUGACCAUCAAUGAUCUUGUACAAGCGAGAGUCAAUCCAGAGGAAGCUUAUUCUGAAACUUAUACCCAUUGUGAGAUCCACCCUUCAUUGAUUUUGGGUGUUUGUGCUUCAAUUAUACCAUUUCCUGAUCAUAAUCAGUCCCCGCGUAAUACCUAUCAAUCUGCUAUGGGUAAGCAAGCAAUGGGAAUAUAUGUUACGAACUACCAAUUUCGAAUGGAUACAUUGGCCUAUGUUCUCUACUAUCCCCAAAAGCCACUUGUUACUACACGAGCUAUGGAACAUCUCCACUUUCGGCAGCUACCAGCUGGCAUUAAUGCUAUUGUUGCUAUUGCCUGCUAUUCUGGAUAUAACCAAGAAGAUUCUGUUAUUAUGAAUCAAUCAUCAGUAGACCGUGGAUUCUUUCGAUCACUUUUCUUCCGCUCUUACCGGGAUGAGGAGAAAAAAAUGGGGACCCUUGUUAAAGAAGAUUUUGGUCGACCAGAUAGGGCUAAUACUAUGGGAAUGAGGCAUGGCUCUUAUGAUAAAUUGGAUGAUGAUGGUCUUGCACCUCCUGGAACAAGAGUUUCAGGUGAGGAUGUAAUCAUCGGAAAGACCACGCCGAUUUCUCAGGAAGAAGCACAGGGACAAGCAUCACGCUAUUCAAGACGUGAUCAUAGCAUAAGCUUACGUCACAGUGAAACAGGCAUAGUGGACCAAGUUCUAUUGACAACUAAUGCUGAUGGGUUGAGAUUUGUGAAAGUAAGGGUAAGAUCUGUUCGCAUUCCCCAGAUCGGGGACAAGUUUAGCAGUAGGCAUGGUCAAAAGGGAACAGUGGGCAUGACUUACACGCAGGAAGACAUGCCUUGGACUGUGGAAGGCAUUACACCUGAUAUCAUUGUGAACCCACAUGCUAUUCCUUCUCGAAUGACAAUUGGUCAGCUUAUUGAAUGUAUCAUGGGGAAAGUUGCAGCUCACAUGGGCAAGGAAGGGGAUGCCACUCCUUUUACAGAUGUCACCGUGGACAAUAUCAGCAGAGCUCUUCAUAAAUGUGGGUAUCAAAUGCGUGGUUUUGAGACCAUGUAUAAUGGGCACACGGGCAGGCGCCUUACUGCUAUGAUAUUCCUGGGGCCCACAUAUUACCAAAGACUAAAGCACAUGGUUGAUGAUAAGAUCCAUUCACGUGGACGGGGCCCUGUGCAGAUCCUCACAAGGCAGCCUGCAGAGGGACGAUCCCGUGAUGGUGGUCUCCGUUUUGGAGAGAUGGAAAGAGAUUGCAUGAUUGCGCAUGGUGCUGCUCAUUUUCUUAAAGAGAGAUUGUUUGACCAAAGUGAUGCAUACAGGGUCCAUGUGUGUGAGCGUUGUGGGUUGAUUGCUAUCGCAAAUCUAAAGAAGAACUCAUUUGAGUGCAGAGGAUGCAAGAAUAAAACUGAUAUUGUUCAGGUAUACAUUCCUUACGCCUGUAAGCUGCUCUUCCAAGAGCUUAUGGCCAUGGCAAUUGCUCCAAGAAUGCUCACAAAGGAACUUCCCAAAGACCAAAAGAAGAAAGGAGCCUGAGAUACGUGAGCAAAUCAAGUCCAGUUUUCUUCCUCUUCAUCUUGAAGCCUGCCGACAGAGGACAAUUGGUAUAAAAAGAGCUCAAAGAUGGAUAUUCUAAAGCCAAAUUCGGCUUUUUUAGUGGCUGGCUAACUCUUGCCUGUGCUGAGAUAGAAAGUCAAAGCGGGAGUGAGAGAUGGUUGUAAUAAAUAAUCUGUUCCUUUUUCACAUAACCGCUAGUGAAUUCAUGUGUCUAGAGUGGGGAUUGUGUAUGAACAUGAUGUUGUAUCAUCUAUCAUUUAUGUUAACCUUUGUAGCCCUAUCCAGAAUGUUAGUACUAGUUAGGGGCUUAUUCAUUACGAUGAUUUAUUGCUAAUCUUGAAUUUUUCUGUGGAUAUGUUUACCAAAUUUUGGAAAAGAAAAGGAAGAUAUACCGCUAUUCUUUUCUGUA